AGGCUAUGGCGCUUUAGGGUUUGUUUGUGUUUGUUCUAGGUCUCCUCGCGGAUGGAGCCGCUCUCCACGGCCGGCCCGACGCCUGCGGAUCUAGGAAGGACGCGCGAUCUCGAGAAGCUCCUGUCCAAUGCUGGCCUUAACGAGAGCCGCGAAGAGGCGAUGAAGAGGGAGGGUGUUCUAGGGCGCCUCGAUCAGAUUGUCAAGAGCUGGGUGAGGCAAAUUUGCGUCAACAAAGGAUUUAGCAACGAAGUCGUCCAAGAGGCGAAUGCAAAGAUUUUUACUUUCGGCUCGUAUCGCCUUGGGGUCCAUGGCCCUGGCUCAGACAUUGACACACUAUGCGUCGGUCCGAGUCAUGCUACACGCGAGGAAGACUUCUUCGUUGAGUUGCAUAAUAUCCUGGCCGAGACCGAGAAUGUCACAGAACUCAAUCCAGUGCCGGAAGCUCAUGUUCCCGUCAUGAAAUUCAAGUUCGACGGGAUUUCUAUUGAUCUGCUGUACGCAAGGCUCUCUUCGUGGACGAUACCGGAAGAUCUUGAUAUUUCCGACGAGUCCAUAAUGCAAAAUCUGGACGAGCAGAGUGUCCUCAGCUUAAACGGCUGCCGAGUGACCGACCAGAUACUUCGUCUAGUUCCCAACAUCCAGCAUUUUCGUACAACACUACGCUGUAUGAAGUAUUGGGCCAAGCGUCGAGGAGUUUAUUCAAAUGUUACGGGAUUUCUAGGAGGCAUCAACUGGGCCCUGCUUGUUGCUCGAAUUUGUCAGCUCUACCCGAACGCUGUACCGAGCACGCUAAUUUCCCGUUUCUUCCGUGUUUACACACAGUGGAGGUGGCCGAAUCCAGUUAUGUUGUGCCCGAUCGAGGAGAGAUCGUCCCUUGGUCUUUUACAAGUCUGGGACCCCAGGAAGAACCCGAGAGAUAAGUCUCACUUGAUGCCGAUCAUAACUCCGGCAUAUCCCUGCAUGAACUCUAGCUACAACGUCUCUACGAGUACUCUACGGAUAAUGACACAGGAAUUCAACCGCGGCAACGAAGUCUGUGAGCAACUAGAGAUGAGCAGGGCAACCUGGGAUUUGCUGUUCGAGAGCUUUUCAUUCUUCGAGGCGUAUAGGAACUACUUGCAGAUUGACGUAGUGGCGAUAGACGACUGUGACCACCGGUGCUGGAAAGGCUGGGUGGAGUCACGGUUGAGGCAACUGACUUUGAAGGUGGAGAAGGACACUUACGGCAUGCUCCAGUGCCAUCCACAUCCCUCAGACUUCGUGGACAUGGCAAGGGACGGCUAUCACUGCGCAUACUUCAUGGGCCUACAGAGAAAACUGGGAGCACCACUCCACGAAGGCCAACAGUUCGACAUCCGGACAACGGUGGAGCAGUUCAAGCUCAACGUUGCGGCCUACACGUCGUGGAAGCAGGGCAUGGAAAUCUACGUCUCUCACGUCCGUCGCAAGCAAAUCCCGCUCUUCGUGUACCCGGGAGGCGUGAAGCCCGCGAGGCCGGCGAGGCAACACUCGGGAUCGCCAUCGUCCGACUCCAAGCAAGGUGAUUCUCGUAAGCGAUUAACUUCGGCAGAUCCCGGCGGCCAUUGCUCGAAGAAGAUCGCUUCCAGCAGCAGCAGUAACCAGGUAGUCGCCGCCGAAGAAGUGGAGGUCUCUUAACUCUCAAUCCUCUCCUCCUCAUUGUUCUUCCUUUUUUCCUGGCUUGGUGAGUGGUUUCUUAGUUUUUUUUUUUUUUUUUGUUUUUUGUUUGGAUCUUUGCUUCUCGUGAUUUGCUCGCAUCAGGUGGAUUGUUUCUUUGCUUGCUGUGACAUACAGAUAGCUUGCAUUUUUUAUACGCUACGCUGCUAGAGCUAGCUCCAAAGUUACUGUCACUAACGUGAUAGGAUGUCUAUACGCUUUAAAUAUUCUCGUAUAUAAACAGUCAAAUAUGAUAUCUCUGAUGAGAUA